GCGUCUCGCACUUCAACACAAACAGUCGCAGCCAGCGGUAGUGUGUGAAGGCGGGACGGGGACGGCUAACGUUGAAGGGGGAGGUUCUUGUUACCUUCCCCCCUCCUCCCUCUCCCCCUCCCGUUUCGCCCAGUGGCCAACACUGGAAACAAGUGGAACCGGUGACAGAUCUUGCUCCGCGUCGGUUCCCCUGCACCCUUUAUUUUUUUAAAAAAAUAACCCGUCUCUCUUGCGAACUUCAUCCGCAGCCUCCCACCCCCACCCGGUAGCCUGCGAGAGUCAGAGAACACUGCGCGGAAGGGAUUCACUUGCAAAGCACUGUUGAGCCACACAGGAUCGCAUCCACUUCUACAUGGAGACAUCAAACAAGCACUUGCCAAUGUAUGUCCGAAGUUAAUUGAAUUGUUAGAGAAAUCAUCAUGGGAGGAGCUGUGAGCGCAGGAGAAGACAAUGAUGAUUUAAUUGAUAACUUGAAAGAAGCACAAUAUAUUCGCACGGAGAGAGUGGAGCAAGCCUUCAGAGCUAUCGAUCGUGGUGAUUACUAUCUGGAAGGAUAUAGGGACAAUGCUUAUAAAGAUUUGGCUUGGAAGCAUGGGAAUAUACAUUUAUCAGCACCUUGCAUUUAUUCCGAAGUAAUGGAAGCUCUGAAACUUCAGCCAGGAUUGUCUUUCCUUAAUCUGGGUAGUGGAACUGGCUAUUUAAGCACUAUGGUGGGAUUGAUAUUAGGCCCUUUUGGAAUAAAUCAUGGAAUAGAACUUCAUCCAGAUGUGGUAGAAUAUGCAAAGGAAAAACUGGAGAGCUUCAUAAAAUAUAGUGAUAGUUUUGAUAAGUUUGAAUUUUGUGAACCUGCCUUCGUAGUUGGCAACUGUUUGCAGAUAGCAUCUGACAGUCAUCAAUACGACCGGAUUUAUUGUGGAGCUGGUGUCCAGAAAGACCAUGAGAACUACAUGAAAAUCUUAUUGAAAGUUGGAGGCAUUCUAGUUAUGCCCAUGGAAGAUCAGAUCUCAAAGGGCUUUUCUACGCUAACGCAAAUUCUAAGAACUGGACAAAAUACUUGGGAAAGUAAAAAUAUCCUUGCUGUUUCAUUUGCUCCACUUGUGCAACCAAGCAAGAGUGAUAACAGCAAAAAUGAAACUGUGGGACUACCCCCCUGUGCUGUUAGAAAUCUACAGGACUUGGCUCGGAUCUAUAUUAGACGCACUCUUAGAAACUAUAUAAAUGAGGAGAUGCAAGCCAAAGGUGUUGUUCAGAAGCCGCCACCAAAACGUAAACGCAGAAGAUGCCGUAGGCGCAGAAUUAACACCUAUGUGUUUGUAGGUAAUCAGCUCAUUCCUCAGCCAUUAGAUAGUGAAGAAGAUGAAAAGAUGGAAGAAGACAACAAAGAAGAAGAAGAGAAAGAUCAUAGUGAAGUCUUGAAACCUGAAGAACCCCCUCGAAAUCUCUUGCGUGAAAGAAUAAUGAGUUUACCACUUCCCGAAUCACUAAAAGCUUACUUGACGUACUAUAGAGAAAAAUAACUUGUUUUAAGUAGAAGUGAUAAUGCUGACUUGAUAGUUCCAUUAUUCUUGAAAUGUAGCAUUUACUAAGAAAUAGGUGGACAAAUACCAGUAGUCUUUCUCUUAAGACUAAAGUGCAGUGAUGGAAUGAAACAUAAUCUGUCUUAACUUCGCUACAAGGACUUGCAUUCAGCAGUAGACUCCUGUUUUAAAUCCAUUUUUCGUUACCUUUUGGAAAAGAUGCUCUUUUAACUCUUAUAGAAAUAUAUUCCAAAGCAGUAUGCAGCACUAAUUAAGAAUUUGCAUGAUAAAUCUUUUUUGCCCAGACAAAUUUGUAUUGAUGGACGUUAGUGAAAUUUUGUAUCUGUGAACUAUUGAACAAAUAUGUGGAGACAUCAAUUGGAUCUGUCUGCAUUAAUUCUCUUAGGGAAGUUUUUGAACAUGCAGACGUUUCUCAUCUCACAUUUGAACUAGAACCCUUUCUUAUUUUACCAUGCCUAUGUUGCAAUCAUUGUUACUGUCUUGAUGUAAAUGUAUUCCAAGGAAUAGAUGAGUGCAAUAACUUUGUGUGCAGACACUGAAUGAGCUGGCUUUAAUUAAAUAUAAACAUUCAAAUUCAGAAAUGUCAAACAGCCCUGCUAUACUUUCUUUUAUAUCUCUUGCCAAAAGCUCUCAAAAAAGUGGAUGCUUCUCUCAGAGCCUUAACAAAAAGAAAAUGUUGAUUAUAAUGGUUUUUUAAAGGUCUUGAAUGCUGUUUCUUUG